CAGACAACCCCAGGUUACUUCAGGACGAACACACAACACUUGCCACCGUACCGUGCUUUAAUUGUCAGCGAGAAAGGAUCAAGGAGUGUGUAGUGCAAAACCCCCAAAUCCUUCACCUCCAUUUACGUGUUAUCGAGUGCCACUGAGCUGUUCGAAAUAGUUUAUUGGUGCGCCCCAGUUUACGAAAGUGAAGUGCAAACGACAGCCAGCCCGAGCCACGUAUUAACUUUCCAUCAUGUCUCUGUACGGUAGCAAUUGUUGUGGUUGUUUGUCCUGUUAAGGGGACUUUUUGGCAUAGUUUUACGUAUCUUGCUAACGGCGUGAUGGCAUCAACAGAGGCAGUUACAGUGCAGAAUAGGCCCAACCUCAUACGGGCUCGACAACAGCGGCGAAACAAGAACAUGAAGCCUCCAAGCAGCGGCGCUACUAAACUGGGCAGCAGAACAGCAGCAGCGACAGCAACGACAUCGCUAGCAGCAGCAGCAGCAGCAGCAGCAACAGUAUCCACCAUCCACCGCCACCAGCGGACAUCCGAGUUAGUAGUGCCGAACGCGCGAGCCGCACCGGCCACAGCAGCACCGAUCGCCAUCGUCGUGCGGGUGGAGGAGCAGCAACAGCAGAAGUACCAUCCGGCCACGCUGGAACCGUACCAUCAGCAGCACCGCUACCACCCUUAUUAUCGGCCCUUCCACCAACGGAAGCGACCCAUUCCGUUCCGUUUAUCCGCGUCAGUAGUAGCACUCUAGCAGGUCUCUUGGCCGGUGCUAAAUCAAGUCAAAAAGACACACAAAGAGACCGAACAGUGUGCUACCACGCGCGCGCGUGUGUGUUAUUAGUGUGCGCGCAGAAAUCGUGUGUACGCCUAGUAGUGUAACCAAGUUUUGUAGUAACUUUGUUUGGCCUGCUCGAAGCCCAAGGUCACGGGCACGCGGAAACGGGCGGCCGCUCCUCCGAUACUAAAUGCAGCGAUCGUACCCGCAAAAAGGAUCCCGCGUGUAAGGCUGGCGACGCUGAUCGCUAGCGUCGUGCCGUAACUGGCACAAAGCGUCACCGGGACCAGAGCGUGUUGAGAGGAGAUUAGCAUCGUUGGAUCGAUUUACUCGCCGGAUCACGCGCCGACCGUGUGUGUGUGCGGAUUACGUCCUUUUUUCACGCUACCGUGCGCAUCUGUCUGUUGCUCUCUCUCUCUCUCUCUAUCUCUCUGUGCUGCGUGUCAUCCUCUUCCCCCUCGCCAGUGGCAAAAGUGUGUCGACAAAAAAUUGCGUCUCGCGAUCGUGGCUCUCGCGAAAUAUCUCCCACUUCCCUCGUACCCCACGUCUCACGAGUCCGUUGAUCAACUAUAGUAACCGGCCUAAGCGCAUCGUUUGGUAUUUACUAAACAAACUCAAAAGAAGGGGAAGCAAGGGAGAGAGACACAAGAAAGAAUCCACGGCGGCCGAGAUGGAUGGCAGAGAACGAAUGGCGCCGGCCGCCAACAACCACCAACAGCCGGACGUGUGGGUAUUCGGCUACGGAUCGCUCUGCUGGUAUCCGGGCUUCGAGUAUUCGGACUGCAUUACCGGCUACAUCCGUGGGUAUGUGCGGCGGUUUUGGCAGGCCAACGUAACCCACCGCGGUACCAAGGAACAGCCUGGUCGCGUGGCAACUUUGAUCGAAGACAAAGAGGGUAUCACUUGGGGAUGCGCAUUUAAGGUGACGGGGCAGGAUGCGUUGGAAUAUCUCGGCCAACGGGAAUGCACACUCGGUGGAUACGCCACGAAGUAUAUCAAAUUCUAUCCCCGUAUUGCUAGCGAACAAUCGGGCAUCAGCGGGGAAGCGUUCGCAACGCUCGUCUACAUCGCUACACCAAAGAACGAGUACUGGAUCGGGGAGGAACCGUUGCUCGUAACGGCUCGGCAGAUUGUCGAAUCCCGCGGUCCAAGCGGUCACAAUGUGGAGUAUCUUAUCCGAUUGGCGAUGUUCAUGCGGGACGAGCUGCCCGGUGCAUCUGAUGAGCAUUUGUUCGAGCUGGAAAGUCUCGUGCGGCGGUUCGUGGCCGAGGCGGACCUGAACGUGGAUCAGCUGCUGAUGAUGGGCAACACACCGUUGCGCCGGAUCCGCCGUGAUACCCACGAGGAGGUGCGCCGUCACGUUACCUUCGAAUACACCUCACGCGUACCCGACACGAAACUGCGUUGCUUGCACAUUUAGGAUUACUCACCCCGCUUCCAGUCGGCAAUUGACAUUCUAUCCCCAGAACACAGCGCGUGCCAAACGGCCAAAGCAUCUUAAUUCAUUUCUUAACUAUAAGGCUUAAAGCAACUUCAGCAGUAGAAACAGCAACAGCAUCCUCCAUAUGACAAACAAAUGUUUUAUGUUUUAUGUUUUAAUGAAAUAUAAAGUCUUAUCGAUUUA